AUGCGGCGCGGCGUUGAUUAGCGCCUGCGCGGGCCGCCAUCUUCCUCUCGCCGUUGGGACGCGCUGCCGGCAGCAUGGGGCACCAGCAGCUCUACUGGAGCCACCCGAGGAAGUUCGGGCAGGGCUCCCGCUCCUGCCGCGUGUGCUCCAACCGCCACGGCCUCAUUCGCAAGUACGGUCUGAACAUGUGCCGGCAGUGCUUCCGCCAGUACGCCAAGGACAUCGGCUUUAUUAAGCUGGACUGAGCGUUGGGAGGAUGAGGCUGUCGCCAGAAGCUCCCGGGACUUCUCUGUGCCUUCGUGACACAUCUGCACUAUCUCGGCGCGGCCCUACCCAAUAAAUGGUUUCACUGCCCUAC